GACGUUUAUUAUCAUUAUAAUUGACGUUAAUAACAUAAACAGUAAUUGGCAGUAAUACCUUUUUUGUAAAAAGUGAAAUUGACCUUAGAUCUCCAUUAAUUACUGAUACUGAAGAUCAUUUGCUGUGUCUAAUAAUUCUUCAAAAAUUUAAACAGUAAAAGAUGAGUGAUUUAAGGUUUGAUGGACGAGUUGUCGUAGUUACAGGAGCCGGUGCAGGAUUAGGAAGAACUUAUGCUUUACUUUUUGCAUCUAGGGGAGCAAAAGUUGUUGUAAACGACUUAGGCGGAGGACGUGAUGGCGAUGGUAAAUCAAGUAAAGCUGCUGAUAAUGUAGUCAAUGAAAUAAAAACUAGAGGCGGUACUGCUGUAGCUGACUACAAUUCUGUUGUGGAGGGAGAAAAGAUUAUCAAAACAGCCAUUGACAAUUUUGGUAGAGUUGAUGUACUAAUAAAUAAUGCUGGAAUAUUGAGAGAUAAAAGUUUCAUGAAAAUAACAGAUCACGAUUGGGAUUUAAUUCAAGCUGUCCAUUUAAAAGGGAGUUUUAAAACAACACAAGCAGCCUUUCCAGUUUUCAAAAAACAGAAUUAUGGAAGAAUUAUAAUGACUGCAUCUACUUCAGGGUUAUAUGGAAAUUUUGGGCAAGCAAACUAUUCAGCUGCAAAAAUGGGCUUAGUAGGCUUAGCAAAUACAGUAGCAAUUGAAGGCGAGCGUUACAAUAUUCACUGUAACAUUAUAGUACCAACGGCUGCCAGUCGUUUAACACAAGAUAUAAUGCCUCCUGACUUAUUUGAAGCCCUUAAACCUGAUUUAAUAGCCCCUGUAGUUGCUUAUCUAUGUCAUGAAAGUUGUCUGGAAAAUGGAGCUAUUAUUGAGUCUGGUGGUGGUUGGGCGGGAAAAUGUCAAAUUCUUAGAGCCAAUGGUGCAAUUCUUCGAAAAAAUUUGACUGAAGACGUUUCAAUAGAAAACGUUCAGAAGCUGUGGGAACAAAUUAUUGACACAAAGAAUGGUAAAUGCUUGGGAUCAGGUCGUGAGGUGGUCAUAGCUUUGGUUGAGGUGCUGGAAAAGCUUAGGAAUGGAGACAUUAAAAGUAUACAAAAUGAAGAAGAUGGAACCGAUGAAUUUUCAUUUAAUAAUAGAGAUCUUAUUAUUUAUGCUUUAGGAAUCGGCGCAUCGGUUUCCAAAAAAGAAGAACUCAGAUACCUUUACGAAAAUGAUGCCGAUUUUUCACCCUUGCCCCUUUUCUUCAUUCAACCGGCUCUCCAGGCCGUCAUGUCUUCUUCUCAAAUAACCACCGCUAUUCCGGGGAGAAACAUAAGCCUAGAACAAAUUUUACAUGGAGAGCAGUAUCUGGAAAUCCUGAAUGACUUACCUACAGAAGGCAAGCUCAUAUCAUGCCCUAAACUUGUCGAAGUUCUGGACAAAGGUUCAGGAGCGCUUCUCGUAACAGAAGUGGAUACGUGUGAUAAAAAUGGAAAAUCCUUGACAAGAAAUCAAAUAGUUGCCUUCGCCAAGGGAGCCGGCAAUUUUGGAGGAAGUAGGACAGGGAGCAAAAUUGUCCCAUGUGGAAUCAAACCUUCUAGAAAACCUGAUUUAUCAUUGUCACAAAAGACAAGCAUUGACCAGGCGGCUUUGUACAGACUUUCAGGUGAUACUAAUCCAUUACAUAUUGACCCUAAUAUGGCAGCAAUUGUAGGGUAUGAUAGUCCCAUUUUACAUGGUCUUUGCACUUUGGGGUUCUCUGUGAGAUUGGUUUUAGCUGGAUUUGCUAACUAUGAUAGCCGUUUGUUUAGAGCUGUUAAGGCACGUUUUACGAAGCCUGUAAUUCCUGGACAAACUUUAAAAGUUAAUAUGUGGCAAGAAGGGAAUAGAAUACACUUUGAAACUGUUAUUGCUGAAACGAAUACUCCUGUGAUCACUGGUGCUUACGUAGAUUUAAAGUCUGUUGUUGAACUAAAAAUGCCUGAAAAAGAAUCAUCACAACUUCAAAGUGACGCAAUUUUUGAAUUUAUAAUUGAUAGAGUUAAAAAUGAUCCAGCUAAAGCAAAAGCUAUAAAUGCAGUGUUUCUUUAUAACAUCACUAAAGAUGGAAAACAAGUCAAACAGUGGACUAUGGAUUUAAAGAAUGCUCAAGUUUAUGAAGGUCUUCCCAAGGAAGGUAAACCAAAUACGACUUUAACGGUAUCUGAUGAAGACUUCAUGGAAUUAGCAGUGGGUAAAUUAAAUCCCCAAGCUGCAUUUAUGAAAGGGAAAUUAAAAAUUGCCGGAAAUAUUAUGUUAGCACAGAAAUUAACGCCAUUGCUUAAGGCUGAGGCAAAAUUGUAAUUAGCUUAUAGUUUAAAAUAAGUUUUAUACAAAAGAAAAUUUGAAGGGAAGGGUCUGGGAUGGACUUAAUAUCAUUACAGUAUCAUUGUUUGCACUAAGAUGUACUCUUAUCUAUAUAUUUUGUUAAUUGUUAUGGGAAACUUUUUAAGAAUAAAGAAUUUCUUAUUAUCUUCA